CUCCAAGCUCGUCCCAUGCCAAUACAGUAAUGUUCCACACGUUUGAGGGCAUUCGGAGGCCUUUCGGAGCUGUGCGGGCACCCCCAAAGAGAAGGAAACCAGUGCCACGGGCAUGCGAUUCUUGCCGCCGACGGAAGAAUCGUUGCGAUGGCCAAAAGCCCUGUAGACCGUGUCUGUCACGCAACAAACCUUCGGAAUGUGUUUACAAACCGCCUGGCCGUACAUCAGGUAGCCUAGAUAGAGCUACCAUGGGCUCAGCUCUGGACUCAGCCAGCAAUAUACCUGAAAGGAGAGCGCCGAUCAUCAGGAUUCUUCCAGCACAGCUAGAUCAGUACACUAGGGAGGAACUGAUCGAGCUCUUGAAUAAGCACAAUCUGGCUCACCAUGGAGCCGAUGAUGACAGCGACCCUCCUGGAGAUGAACGAAGCCUUGAGCAACUACAGUCAUUUCCUGAAGAGCUCUCCGACAGCCAAGACGAAGGUGCAGCUUUUUCGGCCAGUCCUGCGACGACUCCGAGAAUUACAGAUGACGUCAAUGCCCUUUCUUUGUCCCUGAGGCCGUCCUCUUCAUAUCUGGGGGUAUCAUCGGUGCUAGCGAUUCUACGAGUGAUACUAUCGCUCGACCCGACCUGCCGCGCAUUUACUCCUAGAGAGACAAGGAACAACGGUGCUGAAGCGAAAUCUCGUGCCUUUCAGAUCCAAAAUAAUGCGCCGACUUUGCCAAGGUCUGUCGCGCUUUGGUCGGACGUACCUGUGAUCAACGCCUAUUUUCGGGCGGUCCAUCCUAUAAUCCCUUUGAUCGACGAGGAUCGAUUUCGUGAGAUAUAUGCGGAAGGAAAGCGCACGGACUCCAGGUGGCAUCUUUUAUUGAAUGCUGUCCUGGCAAUGGGUAGUGUCGCUGCCACGGAAGCUGACGACUAUACCCAUUGUGCUUUCUAUGGCCGCGCUAAACAAUAUCUGACGAUUGACUUGCUUGGUUCUGCUCACAUUGAGACCGUUCAAGCACUAGCAAUUUUGAGUGGGUUGUAUCUGCAUUAUAACAAUGAACCAACGCUGGCAAAUUCCCUGAGUGGGGUCGUCUUCCGCAUGGCUACUGCGAUCGGUCUUCAUCGCGACUAUCUCGACAAUUCAAGUGCUUCCAAUGAUCCCAAAAUUCUGAGCACAGUUGAGUUGAGACGCCGAAUAUGGCACUGCAUCAUCAUUAUGGAUGCUUGGACUGCAAUCUUCCUGGGGCGGCCAACCUUGGGUCGUGCUGGACCAGGUUACACAACUAAAAAGCCACAACAACCCAUUAGUGGUUCCGGAAUUAUCACAACUUUACUACGAGAGAAUGUGGAUUGCUCCAUUGUCACAACCCGUAUGGAAGACUUCCUUGCUGAAAAGCCUAUCUUGGGUACAAAAAACCGGACAGAAUUAGACACGUCGCUUCGUGAGUGGCUCCAGAACUCGUCCUCUCGCAGGGACCGGGUGAACCCAGAUUUAUCAGGAUUUUCUCCUGGUAUAGUCACUGCCAUGAAUAUAAUGCGCUGGCGCUGCAUUAGCGCCCGUGUAUUAGUCUAUCGGCCGUUACUUCUGUGGUACGCAGUUUCUAGGUCUUCCAUGACCACCAUCUCAGAAGAGAAACGGAGAGCAAUCACUCAAUGCCGCGAACUAGCCGCCGAACUCAUUUCGGAUAUCGAGAAAACAUGGCACAUUUCCGGACGAUGUCAGAUCUCUGGGUGGAUCGCCACAUGGCUAUUAUACCAGGCAAGCAUGGUUCCGCUCUUGUCUCUGUAUUGCGAUCACAACGACUCGGUCGUGCUCGAAAGCUCAAGUUUACAGAUACAAUCCGCUAUGCAGACAUUCACUAGCCUGGAACGAUGGUCCCCUGCUGCUCAAAGAUCACUGGAAGUUGUGAAACGACUAUAUGAGGCAGGAAUAUCAUACUCUCCUCCGACGCCCCUGAAUGCGGGGGACGAGGCCUCGCAUGUACCUCCAGAACCAUUAAUAGGAGAGACCGAGACUUAUCUGCAUGCAGUGCCGGACGAUACACCCUCUUCAUUUGGAUCGAUGCCGAUCGGAGGCGACUUUUUCGUCGACAACUUUUAUGACCUGAGCUGGGGCAAUUUUCAAGAUCAGAAUGGCGGCUUCUUGAGUUCGCUUAACUGGGACGGAAGCUUUGACAGAGGCUUUGAGGGAUAA